AUGGGCAGCACUGUGAUCGACCGGGAUACCUCCCUCUACCUCCAGAGGUCCGUUCAAGACUUGUUCUCUCUGAAAGGACGAGUCACAGUCAUUACUGGCGGAGCACGAGGUAUCGGUUUGGCUUGGGCGUUCGCCUGCGCAGAAGCCGGGAGUGACGUUGCAGUUCUCGACCGUCUGGAUCAACCUCAUGAGCAUUUCUCUAAGCUUGUGAACAAUUUCGGCGUGAAGAUCAAGCUAUACACCAUCAACUCUAUCGGGACUUACUUCGCUGCUCAACUCACGGCAAGGCAGAUAGUGAAGCAGGAUGAGGGUCUGGCCAAACCUAAGGGCGGCUCGAUGGUUUUUAUUGCAUCGAUCUCAGCACGCAUGGCCAGCAAGGCUCAGUACACAAGCGACUACUGUGCAAGUAAGGGAGCCGUCGUUGCUCUAGCCACCCAGCUUGGGUGUGAGCUCGCAGAUCGAGGAAUCCGUGUCAAUACCAUUUCUCCUGGAUACGUUGCUACGGACAUGACUUUAUCCAUCGCCGAUACGAGGCCUGGCUUGACGGAAGUCUUCUUGUCUGAGCCGCCGAUGAAGCGAAUGGCUGAUCGUGUGGAUUUGAAAGGUGCCGCUGUCUUUCUGCUCAGCGAUGCAAGUGCUUAUAUGACGUCUGCGGACAUGCUCAUUACAGGAGGAAUGCAUGCUGGGAGGACUUGA